UGCAGCCAGCCGUGGAGUCCGACCAGCGGCCUCAGUGUGAGCUUGUUGGUGCAGACACGGACAUCCACUGUGCUUUUCUUGGAGAGUUGUCUGCUUCGCAUGUUCGGAUGGAUUCCAGGGUGAAAGGGGAAGACUCAGAGGAAGUGGAGAUUGACUUGGAGGACUCGAGUGACUCUGAAGACUUUGAUAAUGGGGAGGAACCUCAGAUGCUGUGGAGGGCAUAUCCUGCUCAUGAGGAAGAGGACAGCAUUCAUACUUCUACGCUCGUGGAAAUCAGCGACACCAAGCCUCUGAUUAACGUCAGGGACCCCCGAGGCAUCAAUGACUGCCUCAAGGUAACGUUUGAGGAUGUGAUUGCUGAGCCAGUGUCCUUGCGCAGUGGCGACAGAGUUUGGAUCUGGAGCCACGCCCUGUUUGAGGUGUGCAGGGUUUGGAUCUACAGGGUCGUCACUGUGCUGCUGGCCAUUCCCAUGUCGGUGAUCUCUGGCCUCCUCUUUGCCAUCCUCAGCUGUUUCCACAUCUGGAUGGUGAGUCCCUGUGUCCAGUGUGCUCGUAUCGGCACCCGCUGGCUGCAGAGCCUAUGGAGCAUCGUGCUGGGCAUCAUUGUGCGUCCCUUGUUCACGAGCGCUGGGAGAUGCUGCGCAGGCUUCAGCAUCCACCUGGCCGAAGAAUGAGACGCACGAGUGGGCAUUUGAUUCUUUACUACGUUAUUCAUACAGGACAUGAGAUUUUAUGAAGGACAUAUAAUCUCAGAGCGUGAUUGAAAAGAGGACGUGAGUUAAUAUCCCACGAUACAAACUGAGUUACACAAUAACUUCUGUUACAGUGGCUGAGAUUUUUGUUAAGCAUGCAGCACUUUUAAUGUGUUAAUUGAAUGUACUUCGAUCAUUUUGUUACAACCUUUUGGUUUGGUGUUAUAUUUUCCUGCAUUUUUAGAGUUUAACUCAAGAAGCAAGAACUAUCAGGACAUCGCUUUGAUUAAAGAAGUCACUCAUUUUAAACCUAGAAUAGAAAAGAAGAACCAGUUAUAAUAAAUGUGUUUUUUCUGGGAAGAAAUGACAACAAGAGACAUUUUUUACAGUUUGAAAUGAGAUGAGCUCUGAAUACUUCAUCAUUAAUUAACGUGGAUUAAAUUGAAUGAAGCUAAUAAGAUGAAGCUAAUGUAUGAAUAAUAUGAAAGAUGAUGACCUAUAGGACAGGACGUGUGAUUACCUAUCUGUGCAACAGUUUUCAGUAUUGAAAACACACAUUCUUGUAUUGUAUAUAGGUUCAUAGGCUAUGCUGUUUUAUAUGGCUCCGGCUGAAAAGUAUGGCUCCUUCUUAUAGAGCAGUGUGAAAUGCAGCAUGAGCCUGUUUCCCUCUGUGUGAAAUGCUUUGUCACAGACACAGUGUGAGUUGUCACAUUUGCCUUAAAGAAUGGACUUCUCGUGUGUGUGUGUGUGUGUGUGUGUAUGUGUGUGUGUGUGUGUGUGUGUGUAUACUUGAUGUACCCUCUAUUUGAGGAAGCUGUCAGCUGCUCAAGUCCUGGCGGCGACCCAGGACUGGAAUAACACUGAGUGGCGUUCCAGUUCACACACACUGCCACUCCCUGCCCCCAUGUGGCUCUGAGAGCAGCCAACACAUCCCCAGACCCUCACCGUGUGUGUAUGGCUAGUGAAAUCCCCCCAACUCUCUGUGCAGGGACAUAAUUGAGAAGAAAUUCUCAACUUUGGAGACUUUUUUUAUUUUUUAUAAUGAAAUGUUUAAAAGUUUUGAUCCGAAGCGGUCUCAAAUAAUUCUGGCCCAACAGCUGCCAAGCACAACACGUUGUACAGCUAUUAAGCUUUCAACGAAAUUUCUAAACAUUAAAAGCUCUUCUUUACCAAGCUAUGAAAAGUUGUUUUCUUUUAUUGUCAACAGAUGCUUUGGUUCAAGAGUAUUUCAUGGGUGAAUUUAACCUUUAGAGACAAGUCGUGGCGGUGUAAGAAACUCUCUGGGGGGCUUUUCAGUUAGAAUCUUCGCUAUGUGACUCAGGGGGUAAAGAGGGUGGUCCACCAAGCAGAAGGCUUGUGGUUUCAAAUAACCCUUGAUGGCUGUGCCAGCGUGUGAAUGGUUUGAUAGAAAAGACGCUGUGUAGAGAAGUGAUUUAUGAAUGUGUGGGUGAAUGUGACUAUUACUGGAAAGUGUUUUGAGUGGACUGGAACAUUUGUUUUAUAAAUCCAGACCAUUUGCCAUUUCACCAUAAUUCAACCAUUAAAAGGUUUGUUCUUCUAAAGGAAAGUAUGAAAUCUCUGCUGC